AUGUCAGGUUCCAACACAACUGACUUCACCAGUCCCUCCACCUUCAUCCUGCAGGGCAUUCCUGGCCUGGAGAGAGCCCAUGUCUGGAUCUCCAUCCCCUUUUGCACCAUGUACAUCAUAGCCAUCUUGGGGAACUUCACCAUCCUGUUCAUCGUGAAGAUGGAGCCAAGCCUCCAUGGGCCCAUGUACUAUUUCCUCUGCAUGCUGGCUGUCACCGACCUGGUCCUGUCCACGUCCACCGUGCCCAAAACACUGAGCAUCUUCUGGUUCAAUUCCAGGGAGAUAUAUUUCAGUGCCUGCCUUACCCAGAUGUAUUUUAUCCACUGCUUUUCAGCAAUGGAGUCUGGGAUCUUUGUGGCCAUGGCUUUUGAUCGCUAUGUGGCCAUCUGUGAUCCCCUGAGACAUUCCACCAUCCUGACAAACCCUGUGGUGUCCAAGAUUGGACUGGCCGUGGUGCUGCGUGGCAGCAUGCUCUCACUGCCCUGUCCCUUCUUGGCAAGGCGGUGGCCAUAUUGCAGAACCAACAUUAUCCCCCACUCAUACUGUGAGCACAUAGCCGUGGUGAAACUGGCCUGUGCCGAUAUUCGUGUCAGUAGUUACUAUAGUCUCUCUGUCGCUUUCUUGGUGACUGGUCUGGAUGUGUUUUUUAUCACCAUGUCCUAUAUCCAGAUCCUCAGGGCCAUCUUCAGCCUCCCCACAAAGGACGCCCGGCUAAAGACAUUUGGGACCUGCGGCUCCCACCUUUGUGCCAUCUUAACCUUUUACAUCCCAGAUCUCUUCUCCUCCCUCACACACCGGUAUGGCCACAAUGUGCCCUUGUAUUUCCACAUUCUCAUUGCCAACGUGUACCUCCUCGUGCCCUCCAUGCUGCACCCCAUCAUCUACGGGGUGAGGACCAAACAGAUCCGGGACAGGCUGCUCCGGCUCUUCACUCAUAAAGGGACCUAA